GGGCGGGUCUCCCCAGUGGGUAUGGGCAGGGGUUCCCCCCAGGCUCGCGGACCGCCGGGCUGGAGGACUCCCUGGGACCCUCCGCGCGCCCAAGGGGCCGACUGUGGGCUGCAGAGGCGCCGUAAACAAGCUCCGAGCGGACGCGCUGAAAGCGGCCAGAUCGCCCGGGAGCAAGCUCUGCUCGGCCCCGCACGCCCUUGGCCGGGGUCCGAGAGCUGCCUGGCUCGGGGGACGCAACUUGAGUCACACCGUGGUUCUUCAGGCUUCAAUGGGUCUGGUUAUUGGGAAAGUAGUACCCUUCUCCUUCCAAACCCAGCUUGAAGGGUUAUGACCCAGGAUCCCCAAAAAGGGAGACAGCCGUACCGUCGAAGGGGGAGGAGAGCUGAGAAGGACUCUCAGGCUGCCACCGGAGCUGCUACAACCAUGUAUACCUUCCUCCCUGACAACUUUACCCCAACCAAGACCAAGCCAUCCAAAGAGCUAAAACCUAUGCUGGGAUCCAUAGUGCUGGGGCUCCUACUGGUCUUAGCAGCUGUGGUUGCUUGGUGCUACUACAGUGCAUCUCUCCGUAAGGCAGAGCGCCUUGGGGCUGAGCUAUUGGAACUCCGGACAGGUGGCUUUUCCAUUCGAAACCAGCAGGGAGAGCAAGUGUUCCAACUGGCCUUCAGCUCUGGGGGCUUGGACCUGGAGUCCUGUGCACGAGAAGGGGACAUCUUGAGUUGUACUCGCUCCACAGGAGGCCCCCUCAAUUUUUUCAUCCAGACGGUGCGGCCCAAGGACACCGUUAUGUGCUACCGUGUGCGCUGGGAGGAGCUGGCUCCAACCCCUUCUGUCGAACACACCAUGUUCCUGGGUGAUGUACACUGGUAUGGUGGUGCCGAGAUGCGUACCCAGCACUGGCCCAUCCAGCUGGCUGGCCUCCAGGAACCCCAGCCCUUUGUCACCAGUGAUGUGUAUUCAUCCCGGGCUGCCUUUGGUGGUAUUCUUGAACGAUACUGGCUGUCAUCCAAAGCAGUGGCCAUCAAGGUCAAUGACUCGGUGCCCUUCCACCUGGGUUGGAAUGCCACUGGGCGCUCUCUCCUGUUACAGGCCCGCUAUCAUGACACAUCCUACAAGCCACCUGUGGGCCGUGAGCCGCUGCCCGAGCUCAGUUACCGUGUUUGUGUAGGUUCUGACGUGACAUCGAUCCAUAAGUACAUGGUGCGACGUUACUUCAAUAAACCGUCCAAGGUGCCAGCCCGAGAAGCCUUUCGUGACCCAAUCUGGUCCACUUGGGCCCUCUAUGGGAGAGCAGUGGACCAGGAUAAGGUGCUGCGCUUUGCUGAGAAGAUCCGCAAGUAUCGCUUCAACUGUAGCUACUUGGAAAUUGAUGACAUGUACACACCUGCCUAUGGCGACUUCUCCUUUGAUGAAGCCAAGUUCCCCAAUGCCACAGAGAUGUUUAGGAAGUUGCAGGAGGCUGGUCUGCGGGUCACCCUGUGGGUGCACCCCUUUGUCAACUAUAACUCAUCCAGCUUUGGUGAAGGUGUGGAGCGGGGGCUUUUUGUCCGAGAGCCCACGGGCCGGCUGCCAGCCCUGGUGCGCUGGUGGAAUGGCAUCGGUGCUGUCCUGGAUUUCACCAACCCAGCUGCCCGGGAGUGGUUCCAGGGUCACCUGCGGAGACUUCGCACCCAGUAUUCAAUCUCCUCCUUCAAGUUUGAUGCCGGGGAAGUGAGCUAUCUGCCCCGAGACUUUAGCACAUUCCGCCCACUGGCCGACCCCAACCUCUGGAGCCGGAGGUACACAGAGAUGGCUCUGCCCUACUUCUCACUGGCUGAAGUGCGCGUGGGCUACCAGUCACAGAACAUCUCUUGUUUCUUCCGCCUUAUUGACCGUGAUUCAGUGUGGGGCCAUGAGUUGGGUCUGCGUUCCUUGAUCCCAGCAGUGCUGACCAUCAGCAUGCUAGGUUAUCCCUUUAUCCUGCCUGACCUGAUAGGUGGCAACGCUGUGCCGGGGCAUACAGCUGGUGAGGGGGGUGGGAAUACCGGAAUCCCAGAGCGCGAGCUCUAUGUGCGCUGGCUGGAGGUGGCGGCCUUCAUGCCAGCCAUGCAGUUCUCUAUCCCUCCUUGGCUUUAUGACCAGGAGGUGGUGGAGAUAGCCCGUAAGUUUGCAGCCCUGAGGGCAGAGCUGGUGGCCCCACUGCUCCUGGAGCUGGCUGGAGAGGUGACCGACACAGGCGAUCCCAUAGUUCGGCCUCUCUGGUGGAUUGCACCUGGGGAUGAAGCGGCCCAUCGAGUGGACUCUCAGUUCCUUAUUGGUGACACCCUGCUUGUGGCACCUGUACUGGAACCAGGGAAACAGGAGCGAGAUGUGUACCUGCCCGCAGGGAAGUGGCGCAGCUAUAAGGGGGAGCUCUUUGUCAAGGCACCCAUCCUGCUCACUGACUACCCUGUGGAUCUGGACGAAGUUGCCUAUUUUACCUGGGUGUCCUAACCCUGCUUAUCCUAGAAACCUCAUUGCUCAGAGACCCUGACCUCAGAUCCUCACUCCCCCGCUCUUUACCCUAGCCUCUAACCCCAGAUGCUUCACCACUCCCCCACCUCCAAAGACUGUUCCUUACUCCAUCCUUGAGUCUGGACCAUAAUCCUGACCUGAAGAGUCCCUUCUCCAACCCUUCCCCUCACUGAGACCUUAAUCCUAACUCUGGACUCACUUCCUUCUUCCCCCAUCACGCCUCCCUUAGAACCAGUAAUUUUCCAGAUCUAUCCAGCUACCAUAGUUCCAUCUCCAAAUCCUCCCUCCCCAAGAGACUUUGGACUGGGGCCCCUGGUUCUCAUCUAUCACUAGUUUCUCCUCGACAACUCCCCAUCCCCGAUCUUUUUGGGUAUUUCUGGUGCCCCUCAUAUAAGGUUUAUCUGAAAGCUUUUUAGCCGGUACAUCUACCCUUGUUCCCCUGAGACCUGUAGGGGCGAAAGAAGGGGAAGGUCAGUCCUAGUUCCUCCCCAACCCAAGAGAAAGUCAUAUGAAACUCCCUCCACAGCUAUAAUCUGCAUUCUCAUAGCCUGUGCUAGGGCCCUGCUCCCGGUAUGCUUUGCUUCCAUCUCCUAAGAACCUAUCUCCCAUUGCAUACUGGGACUUGUAGUCUUCUUGGGUAGAGAGGCAAGAAUAAACCUACAAACUACCAUAGACUAUUAGAACUGGAAGGAAACUUAGUGGCUAUCUAGUUUGAGAGAUUUUUAAAAAAUUUAGGAAUGUACUGGAGGGGGAGAAGGUAAAGUGAGAAGAUUGAAGUUAGGGUAGGGAGUAAUACCCUAUUUCUAACUCCCAAGGGGAUAUGGGUUUUGUGGUCUCAGCCUCUUUUUAAGCCUAUCCUCAUACUCCUCUCCAUCCAUCUCCCUGUUUCCCCCUUUUUCUAUUGGGUCACUUAAUGUUCCUCAUGGGCCACACAUGCUUGUGGCCCCAAGUCAAAGAUAGGAUGGCGGGAGCUUGAGGGGGCCAAAGGUCAUCCCCUCCCCACCCCCAACUUAGCUCCUCUUUGCACAUGGUUGGUCAUUAAAAGCACAAAGAUGAGAUCUGCCUGCAUUGAAAGCAGGAUGUCUCCUGCCCCUCCCCACCUCCGACUUAGCCUCCACCUCCCUGUUCCUCAUCUGGGAGUUUCCUUCUCAGAACAAACUUGGGUGGGGAAGUGGAACUGAGCUAUGGGUCUACGAGAUGACCUGUCCUGCUCCCUAUUCUAUGAACUAAUUCCAGCUACCACCACCACUUCCAAUUCUGGCAGUAUUCUUUAUCUUUUCCUCCCUUUGAAACAAGUACAAACUACCAUAGAUAUGAGAACUGGAAUGAAUCUUAGUGGUUAUCUGGUUUGAGAGAAUAAAGACUAUUUAGAAAAAUAGAGGAGGGGAGCAGGUAGGGUCAGAAGAUUGAAGUUAGAGUAGGGAAUAAAACCCUAUUUCUGACUCCCAAAGGGAUAUGGGUUUUGUGGUCCCAGCCUCUCCGGCCCAUCCUCAUACUCUUCUCCCUCCAUGAGAAAGGACAUGGGGCUACUAUCCUGGUCCCUGUUUAAUCUUAGGCUCAGCUACACUCUCAUAACCAUGAUUUUGAACCCUUUGUCCAUCACAGCUGGCCUCUAGGUUUGAUCAUGAUUCCCACUGAUGCCCCUCUGAGAAUUGAGCCCAGAUGGGAAAAUCUCUGAAACUCUGAAGCAGGCUCUUGGGUCCUCUUGCUUAAAAAGAUAGACUGAGAUCCCUUCUCUUUGAGAAUGGGGGAAUAAUUAAGUUCCAGGUGUGUAGUCUGCCUGACUCUCCCCUUAGUCCCCCUUCCCUGCCCCUUUCCUGAUCCCAAUUUAGGAAGAAGAAGAGAUGGCUGCACACAGACUAUCAGGAGCCCUUGGGGCCAGAGAUCUGCUCAGGACAUACUAACUGGGCUUGGAGUCAUGGAGGGUCUUGUUCCCAAGCUAUCGUCUUUAACCGUACUCCACCCCAGGGGCUGGGGUGACAAAGAGAGGGGACAGAGUGGAUCAUAUGUCCUAAUGCUGCACUGACCCCCCCAAGGCCUAUCUGUUCAGCACUGCCCUAAUCAGACACACAGAUGGGUCAGGGAUGCCUUAAUGUGAGAAUCACCCUGUGUGUAUGUAAGUAACCGUGUAUGUGUCAAUACCUGUCUCUCUGUGUGGCUGUGGAUAUGGAUGUCUAUGGGGCAAGGUAUCUGUGUGUGGCUAGCUCUUUUUGUGAUUGUCCAUGAGUCUCUUUUUUCUGUGACUAGGUAUAUAUAUAUUUGACUGGCUGGUUCUGUGUAGUCAUUGUCUUUUUAUGUGACUGGGUACGUGUGGAUGGCUCUGUGUGACGAUCUAUGUGUGGCUGUAUAUCUGUGCACAAGUAUAGAUGUCUGGGGCAGGGUCUAGAUGUGCGUGUGUUAUAUUGAUGCCUGGAGUGGACUCUAUGUCUGCAUGUAUGAAACUAUAUGUGAAAGCAUUGGUUUUUUUUUUCUUGGAGGGGAGGGAGGUCCUGGAUAUCUGUAUGUGAAUAUGCAUAUGACUGGGCAUUUGCUUGCAUAUGAAUGUGUGAGGGAGGUGUCCAGCUAUUUGUGUGGAGGGAUGGGAAUAUCUAUGGAAGUGUAACUGGGUGUCUGUGAAUGUAUUUCUGAGGUUGGAUAUGUGUGUGCGUGUGUGAAAGAAUCUCUCUGAGUAUGUAUGUGUGUGGUUGAGUAUCUGUGUGUUUGUGACUCUGCGUGGCCAUGUGUUUGAGAGAGAAUCAGGCUGGGUAACUUCGUGUCUCUAUGUGGCUGAGUAUCUUUAUAGUAAUAUUUUCCUGUAGCUAGAUCUCUUUGUGUAUGUGACCUCUGUGUGUGUAUUUAAAUGUCUUUCUCUAUGGCCAGUGUGUAUGUUUGUGUAGCUUUGUUUCUCUGUGUGUGUGUGGCGAUACGUGUGCAUUUAUGUCCGUGAGUGGUUGUAUCAGCCGGUCAACAAGCAUUUAUUAAACCUUUACUAUGUACUAGGUUAAGCAGUAAGGAUGCAAAGGAAAGGAAAAAAGAGUCCGUUACUUCAAGGAGUUUACAUUCUUUUUUAUAUUAUUAUUAAUUUUAUUUUUUCAAUUAACAAGCAUUUAUUUUCUCUCUCUUCUACUUCCCCCAAUCCUCAGUGACAAAAAAAAGAAAAAACCCUUAUGACAAGUAUGUAUAGUUAAGCAAAGCAAAUUUUUUCAUUGACUGUGUCCAAAGUGUAUGUCUCAUUCUGCAUCCUGAGUCUAUCACCUCUGCCAAGAAGUAGGCAGUAGUACGCUUCGGCUUUGGGUCCUCUGGAAUCAUGGAUUGUUUUUGCACUGAUAAGUUCUAAAGUCUUUUGGGGUUCUUUUUCUCAUUGUUAGUUUAUAAAUUACUGCCCUAGUUCUGCUCAUUUCACUUUGCAUCUGCAAAUACAAGUCUUCCCAAUUUUCUUUGAAACCGUCCAUUCAUUUCUUAGAGCAUUCAUAAUAUCCCAUUGUUCAUAGACCAUAAUUUGUUUGGACAUUCCCCUAUAGGGGUUACCCCUUUAGUUUCCAGGGGUUGCUUUUUUUGCCUGCUGCUGUGGAGAGAACUGCCGUAGAUAUUUUCGUCCAUAUGGGUCCUUCUCUUUUAUUUGGGGGGGGGGUUGCUUUGAGGUAUAUGCCUAAUAGUGAUAUAACUGGGUCGAAGUGUAUGCGUAGGUUAGUGACUCUUCAUGCAUCAUUCCAAAUUGCUUUCCAGGAUGGCCGGACCAAUUGAUAGCUCUAUUUAUAACACAUUAAUAUCCCUGUUUCCCUGCAGCUUCUCCAACAUUUAUCAUUUUCCACUUCUGUCAUCUUUGUCAAUCCAGUAGGUGUGAAGUGGAAGUAGAGAAUUUAAUUUUCAUUCCUCUAAAUCUCAGUUAUUUGGAGCAUUUUCUCACAUGGGUGUUGAUAGCUCACAUAAAAUAAAAUAAUAUUUUUAAAACACUUAGCACAGUGCCUGACAUAUAGGCACUAUAUAAACAUUUCUUUGAAUGCUUUGUCAUAUCCUUUGACCACUUAUCUGUUGGAAAAUGGUUCUUGUUUGUAUAACUUGGAAUCAGCAAGGAGCUCAUAUUCUAAUAAGGGAGACAACAUGAAAAUAUUUAUAUGAAUGUAAGCUAGAUGGAUGGCGAUCUCAGAAGAGGAGGCACUAGCAGUUGGUGGGACCAGGAAACGCUGCCCCAAAAAGGUGGGAUUUGAGGAAAGGGAAUAGUCAUCUGUGUGUCAGGCACUGUGCUACGUGCUUUAUGAAUAUCAUCCCAUUUAGAAAUAGCCUUACAAUGGUUCUGCAGGGUAGUUGUUAUUAUCCUCAUUUGACAGUUGUCGUUUGUCCUUAGUUUUCAAAGAAGAACAUGACAUCAACUGAAGUUGUCUUUGAUUUGAGGGAGGGCUGUGCAAGGUCACCAGCUUCACUUUCUCCUCCAGAGCCAUCUGGGUCCAGUGGCCUGAUAUUCACCAGGAGGACUGGAGAUGGCCCAGGAUGCAAUAGUGUUGAGGUUUAGGGAUGCUCUGGACCCCAAAAUACCGACACACCGGCUCCUGCCAAGUGAAUUCGACCCAAUCCUUCUCACGGCCAAAGAAAAACGGUUUGCUAAAGAGUCACCAUAUUGGGUAGACUAAAAAAAUCUCACCAUUUGUGGUGCUCGUAAUCACAAGCGGGCCAGAUCCAAUCUGCUGAGCUAAAUUUGACAAAACUCAGGUUAAGUGACUUGCCCAAGGUCACGUAGCUAGUACAGGCCAGCUUUGAACUCGGGUUUUCCUGAUUCCAAGCCCAGCACUCUGUCCACUGUACCACCCAGCCGCCUGAGCUGAGACUUCAUGGAAACAAGGUACAGAUGAGAAAGGAGAGCUUUCUAGGCAUGGGAAACAAGUCAGAAAAAAACACGGAAGAGGGAAACGGUGUCAUAAAUCCAGGAACAGUCCAAAGUGGCUGGAUCAUAGAGUUUUUAGAGGGAUGUAAAGUGUAAAAAAUCUGGAAAAGUAGGAAGGAGCCUGGUUGUAAAGAGUUUUCAGUACCAAAAAGAGGACUUUAUAGUUGAUCCUAGAGAUAACUUCAUAAUCUGUAUGUGUAUAGGCUGUGUGGUUAUAUAUCUCUGUAUGUGGCUGCAUGUCUAUGUGUAUGUCUGUACAAGGCUUUAUAUCUCUGGGUGCCUGUAUGACUCUGUGUCUGUGACUGACAACGUUUUCAUAUCUGUAUGUAUGUCUAUAUGACUACAUACUUCUGUGUGUGUGACUGAGAAUAUGUUUUCAUAUCCACAUGUAUGUAUAGCUACAUAUUUCUCUGUAUGUGUGUGUGAGGAAGAAUGUGUUUUUGUAUUUGUAUGCGUGUAUGUGUGACUGAGAAUAUGUUUUCAUAUCCACAUAUAUGUAUAGCUAUAUAUUUCUCUGUGGGCUAUAUGUGUGAGGGAGAAUGUGUUUUUAUAUCUGUAUGUAUGUCUAUCUGUAUGGCUACAUAUUUCUGUGUGUGUGUGAGACUGAGAAUGUUUUCAUAUCUUCAUGUAUGUUUGGCUACAUACUUCUCUGUGUAGUGUGACUCAGAAUAUGUUUCCAUAUCUAUAUGAAUGUAUGGCUACAUAUUUCUGUGUGUGUGUGUGUGUGUGUGUGAAAGAGAGAGAAUGUGUUUUUAUAUCUACACGUGUGUCUGUAUGGCUACAUAUUUCUCUGUGUGUAUGUGUGAGACUAAGAAUGUGUUUUCAUAUGUAUGUAUAUCUUUAUGGCUACAUAUUUGUGUGUGUGUGUGUGUGUGUGUAAAUGUAAAUGUCUCUCCAUGUGGUUGUGUACCCCCUGCAUCUUUGGAAUAAGCACAACCUCGCCAUGGUGCUCCCCUCCACCAACCACAGGCCCUGAAGGAGAAAGGAUUUUCCUUUAGGGAGAGGUCUCAUUGGGUCUGUGAUUGGGGGUGGGGAGGUUAGUGGGGAAAGGGCGGGAAGGGAUUCAUGUUGUAGCUCAGGUUUGAAAUAAAUUGCCCUUUUAGAUCUC